CAUUUAUUUAUCUAUUUAUUGUUUCUGGAGUAACUUUCACGUUCACUCAGAGUUCUUUAUUUACAUUUUUUUUUAUACGACGCAAAAGCAUCUCGACUCGUUUUUGUUUUGUGUGUGUGUUUCGUGUAUAUUAUUCUAGUUAGGUUGUACUAUAUCAUUUAUAUAAAUAUUGUAUUGACAUUUUAAUUACUGGGAUAUUGUGUUUCUUUAAAUUUAAAAUGUUUGGAAGUCUUUCACUCGCCUACGGAGCUUUUCCACUUAUUUUUCUCAACUUUGCAACUAUCGUGGAGGCUUCGAUUACUUGUGGUACCUUUCUAUGUACUGGUAAUGCUUACUGUUGUGGUGUUUCAGGAAGCAGUUGCUGUUUCUACAGGCCAGUUUAUCGUAUAUGGUGGUUUUGGUUUGUAUGGUCCUUAAUAUUUCUUGGAAUAAUUUCUUGUUCCUAUCUCUGCUACAAAAGAAAAUAUAGAAAUAAUCAAAUUAUUCGUGCUACCCGGGUUUAUGGACCGCCACCAAAUCAACCUGGUGCAUAUGUAGUCGGACCUUACCAAGGCUACAAUGUCCCUGUACAACCACUUACAACAAAUCCUGUUGCUCCUCCUCCUUAUAAAAUGGCACCACCCUAUACUCCAAAUUAAAGAAUAUUAAGAGAACUGCAAUGAAUAUAAUUAUAUUUCAAUUAAUUUAUUUAUGCUGUUUUUGUGAUUAUGUAUUUUUGUACCUUAUAAAAACUUAUGAAAACUCUGAUUUGUAACUGUUUACAGAGUGCUUUUAAUGAAGAAAAAAGUGUUAAUAAAUAAAAAUAAAGGAAUUAAAAAAAAAACCAAUUGCAAAGAAUUCAAUGACUAUUUUAUAUAAAAUAAAAUUCAAAAUUUAAA